UGUUGGGAGAAAGACGGUGUGUACUCUGUUCGCUCACCUUAUCAUCUCCUCUGUGACGAAAAAGCUAGGCUCCAACCGGGGCCUUCUUGUCCGAAACAGAACACGAUUUGGAAGGAAAUUUGGCGAGCUCCGGUUCCGAAUAAAAUCAAGAACUUUUUGUGGAGGCUAGCUAGAGACAUUUUGCCCACUAAAGCAAACAUUCAAAAAAAAGGAACAAUGUUAUCUUCAAAGGGACAUGAUUGGAGCCAACUAGGCUGGCUGAAGAAGCUAUGCAGUCCUACUUGUUAGCGAUCCACCUCUUUUGUAAAUGUUUGUUGAUGCAGGAUGUUUUAUGGAUGGAUCCACUGGAUGGGGUUUGGUUUUUCACAAUCAGGUUGGUGAAACAAUUUUCAGCGCUUGCAAAAGAGAGUUUAUCUCUGUGGAACCGAUUGUGGCUGAAGCUUUGGGGAUUCGUUGGGCUCUACAAACUGCUAUUGCACAAGGUAUGUCCUCAUUUUGUAUUAGCUCUGAUGCAAUGAAUGUUGUGAGCUGCAUAACAAAGAAAGGCACAUUUGCAUCAAUUGAUAUCAUAGCCCAAGAUUGUAGAGAUUUGACGAGUGGUUUGACAAAUGUAAGUGUCUUAUUUGUUAGGACAGAACAAAAUGAUGAAGCUCAUAAUCUAGCAUCUUUGGCUAAGUUUGUGGGAAAUAGAUCAUGGGUAGGAUUAGCUCCCUCUGUCUCAUCUUUUUCUAGUCUUGCAGAUGUAUCUGCUGUUGUUUGUAACCAAUAUGGCAGUGUUUCUGCUCUUGCUUAAUGAAAUUGUGUUAACUUCAAAA